AUGCACAAGUUGGCCCAUCCGGACGGUGAACUGGCCACGUCCCUCGCAGCGGCAAGCAUCAACGUGGGCAUUUGUCUCUCGUCGUACGCGACCACGUGGCUGGAAGAGGUGGUCAAGGACCGGAGCAGGACCCAGCAGCUCCUAGAUCGGGCUGAAGCCGCCGGCUACAAGGCGCUGUUCCCCUCAGUCGAUGUGCCCGUGCUGGGCCGUCGGCUCAAUGAGUUCCGCAAUGCGUUCUCGCUGCCCCCGGACCUUGGCUUUCCCAAUCUCCUCUCGACGGGGCACGAUGAGUUUGCCGACGGCGCGAGCUCGCAGGACUACGACGCCAGUUUGGAAUGGGCCGAGAUCAUCCCCUGGCUGCGAAGAAACACGAACAUGCAAAGCUGGUUGAAAGGCAUUCUCAAUCCCGCCAACGUUCAGCUGGCCAUCAACCACGGUGUCGACGGCGUCGUUAUAUCCAACCACGGAGGCCGUCAGCUGGACGGCGUGCCGGCCACGCUUGACUGCCUGAGAGAGUGUGCCAUGGUAGCGAAGAGCGUAUCCAGAUCGCAGUGGAUGGAGGCAUCCGGCGUGGUUCGGACAUCUUCAAAGCCCUCGCACUCGGGGCACAGCACUGUUUCAUAG